AUGCUCCACGAAAUACUCCUCUCCCUCUCGGGACAUCCUUCUCCGCUCCUCGCUGCCGACAAUACAUCCUCGUCCUCCAUCCUAUCCCCCUCCGAAAAGUCCCUCCUCUCUUCUGUCACCCAUUUAAGUGAUCUUCACUGCAAGCUCCUAGCGCACACAAAUACCAUAUCUUCAAAGCACUCUUCGAGUAUCUGCCAAGCUGUCGCUACAUCUAUAAGCUCCGUACAUCUUGCGAACUUUCAACGCAAAGUGCUUGAGGUUGAAAAUGGCAUUUUGCGCAAAGAUGCUGGGAGUGUUGGCGCAUAUAAUAUUGUGCCGUUGACAUUUAUCGUGGAGAAGUUCUCUGGCUGGACAAGGCGAAUGGAAUGGUUCUUGGAGAUUGUGGACUUUAUAAUGCAAGAUGUGGGUGGAAAGAAGUGCAGUGGGGCAAUGGUCAUUGAUAGGCUGUGCAAUGCUAUACAAACAGGAUACGCGGACAUAGAAGAGGCGGCAUUGAGUCUGGUGAAGGUUGCGCAGACAGCUUGGCUGAAGCAGGUAUCAGCCUGGAUUCUCUAUGGGCGGUUACCAAGUUUUGGACGUGGUGACUUUUUCGUACAAGAAGACGAUUCACAGGAUUACAUGAUCGUUAAAGAAUUGUUGCCGGCAUUCGUGUCAAAUUCUACCGCAUCUUCGCUUCUCUUCAUUGGGCGGUCCUUAAAUCAUAUUCGAGUUAAGGGAAUCUCAUCUUCAUCCUCCCCGGAGCUCGACCUAUUAUCAUCUCACUUGCGACAGUUAUCAACCAUCAAAUUCCCUAUCAAUGGCGCUAAUUUCGCCCGAGUCAUAGCCGCUAUACGUCUUUCCCUAUCCCAAACUACUUUACAGAAGCUGCUGCCCUUAAGCAAAGUAAUUGAGGCCUUAACUUUAUUACGGGAAUUCUUUCUACUUGGCAGAGGAGAAUUUGCCAUAGCAUUGAUAUCUGAAGCUGAUGAAAAGAUUCGAUCAAGAUGGAGAAGGUCUGAUACUUUAGGCUAUGAGAAGAAGGAUGGCCUGGGGAACAUCGUCGUUAAGGAAGGGGAAGUCACUGCAGUCCUUGCUAGGACCUGGGCUGCGAUGGGUGUACAAAAGGGUCAAAAUGACGAAGAGGAUGAUGAUGAUUUGCUUGAACUUGCAAGAGACCUUGUUCAGUUAAACAUCAUGAAAGGAAACACGAAUACGCCAGGGAAAGUCAACUUGAGAGCCUCGCAAUCUUCUCUAAUUGUUUCCACCCCUUUCCGGAACCUCUUACUUUCCGUUCCAGUGGCCCUUACACUUCACAUCCCUUCACCAUUAGAUCUGUUCCUUACUCCAUCUGAUACCCAGAUGUAUUCCAGCAUUAAUGCUUAUCUUUUAGCAGUUCACAGGGCCCAUCUACGGCUCACUAAUCUUUGGAAGAUAACUUCGUUACGUCGCGAUCAUCCUGCACCUCCGGGUCCACCUUUGGGUAGCUCGACGUUUGGUCGACAAAAGGUUCUAACACUUCGAGCUAGAGCUAAGGAACGUUCUCAUUCUAUGCGUAGUGUAUGGGCAACUAGUAGCGCCGCAGUCUUUUUCUUAGGUGAGACGGAAGCAUAUCUUCAAGGGGAAGUUGUGCAAGGAACCUGGUUAGGCUUCACAGCCUGGCUUACUGGAGAAACGCGUGAUUCAAGAUCCCAUGAUGAAGAUGAAGAUAUUUGGUUGCAGGCUGCCAAUCAAUCAACAUCGAGGAACGCUAGCCACAACCAUGAUCCUCAAACACUCGCAGAUGCACAUAAGAGAUAUCUCACAGCUCUCGCAUCCAAUCUCCUUUUAACCACAUCAAAAUUCACAGAUCCACUAUAUUAUCUACUCCAACAAAUUGAUCAUCUAGUCGCUCUUGUCCACCGUAUCCACUCUGUUUGGCAAUCUCUCGAUCUCGAGGCCGAUGAAGGAGUGGUAGAUGCAUUCUCUGACUUUCACAAGGAGGAACAGGACAUCAAGGAACAACUCAGAACGAUUGCAACACGUGUAAAAGACGCAAUUGAAGAAUUAGUCAAGACUCUACGGGACAUAGACCAAGAUAGAAAUGGCUGGGAUAGUGGAUAUGAGGAGUUGGUCUUGGGAGAGGAAGGUGCAUACGUUCCAGCUAAGGUCGGCAGAGUAGACAGACUACUGAUGAAGCUUGAUUUCGGAGGCUGGUUUGAUAAAAGAGGUAAUGGGGAAACAGGAGAUGUUUUUGAUGAUUUUGGUGAUGAUGAUUGA